CAUCAGUGUUUUGCCUAAUUUUGCUUCAAGAGAAUGAUAACACCGUCGUGAGAUGUAGUUUAAAAGCAUGGUAGUGAACUAAUGCCACAUUCUUCUUGUUCUUAAUUACUUGGAUAUUCCGAUGACCUGUGUUAAAGCGACGCUCUCCACCUCCAAGUCCCGAACAAAACAACACUUACGUUAAAUACUGUACGUGUAAUAAUGAGAAAAAUCAAGACUUGAACUCUUGAGAGAUUCGUACAUUAACAUAUAUAAACUUUUCAUAGUUCCUCGGCGUGUGAAUAUGUUUGGACAAAGAAUAAAGAGCACCGAGGACCUCUCUCACACACACACAGGCGUCAUGGGCUUUACUGGGAAAUCCACGUCAGAGUUGGUGGAGGUGAAGAACAAACCCUCUUAUCUCAUGCAGUACUUCGCUGCCAUCUCAGUCACCAUGGGAGCACUAAGCUUAGGCACCAGCUUGGGGUACACGUCACCCGCCAGCCCCCAGCUCAUGGACAACUCCACCAACUCUUCUCUUGUUAUCACGACGGAACAAAACAACUGGUUUUCCUCCACUGUAAACCUGGGAGCCCUCACCGGGGGUCUCCUUGGUGGGGUGUGUAUCAACACUCUGGGCAGAAGAGGCACCAUGUUGGCGUCGGUGUUGCCUUUCUUAGCGUCCUGGGCACUCGUAGGUUUUGCCAACAACUUUGUCAUGCUGAUAGUAGGACGCUUACUUAUCGGGCUGUGUACUGGCGUCACCUGUAUAGCGGUGCCCACCUACAUAGGGGAGUUCUCCUCGCCAGAUAUCAGAGGUGCACUGGGCUCAUGCUUCCAGCUGAUGGCAGUCGGGGGUAUUGAAUUUGCCUACGUGUUCGGGAUCGUCAUGAGUACCUGGCGGGGACUAGCUGGCAUCUGUGCCAUCCCUCCUAUCAUAUAUCUCACCUUACUCCUCUUCGUCAAAGAAUCGCCCAUUUAUCUUCUCUCUAAAGGGAAGGAGAGAGAAGCUAGAGAAGCCUUGCAGUACUUCAGAGGGAAGAAUUACAACAUCGAGGCUGAGAUGAAGCUGAUGCGAAAGACCCAGGAUGACGCCCAGCAGAACAAGGCGUCGCUGAGGGACCUUAAGACUCCCUACAUCCUCAAGCCCCUCCUCAUCUCCUGCACACUCAUGGUCUUCCAGCAGCUCUCUGGUAUUAAUGCUGUGCUCUUCAAUCUUAACAAGAUAUUCAAGGGGUCUGGCUCCACCCUGGCCACGGAUAUUGGUCCCAUCAUCGUGGGUGCUGUGCUUGUGUCCGCUACCGUCAUCGCCAGCGUCCUCAUGGAUAAGGCUGGCAGAAAGAUCCUCCUCGUCGUCUCUGCUGCUGUAAUGUGUUUAUCAUUAGUGGCACUUGAUAUCUUCUUCUACGCGAUGCAACAGGAUGAGGUGUGGGCAGCAGACAAAUUGAGCUGGCUGCCUCUCACCUCCCUCAUCGUCUUCGUUACCGCCUUCUCUGUCGGCUCCGGUCCCAUUCCCUGGCUCAUGAUGGGUGAGUUGUUCUCGCUGAACGUGCGUGAGUCUGCUAGCGGAUUGGCCACCAUGGUGAACUGGUCCACCUCCUUCCUCGUCACCCUCGUCUUCCAGCCGCUACAGGUAGCAAUCGGCCCCUACGGCGUAUAUUGGUUCUUCGCUGGGUGCUGCGUCAUCAACUUCAUUUUCUGCAUCCUGGUGGUGCCGGAGACGAAGGGUAAGACGCUGCAGGAGAUCACCGCGCUCUUCGGAGGUCCAGUCCUCACAGAGGAGUCAACAGAGAAGAAAGAAGACACCAGGAUCGAGACUGUAGAGCUCUAGGUUCCCGCCACUCUUCUACACACAAGUGCUAUGAACCUCAUGUGUGGAGACAUCACUAUGUACUCGUAUCACCCAACAUUAAAAAUACUAACAAUCAAUACAGUGUUGAAGUAGGCUGAUGGCACUCGUAAACUUCAAAGUGUUACAGAAGAGGUUUUGUCUAUAGACGUCAGCUGAGUGUCGGCUAGUCGGUCAAGUGUGUUCGUGAGAUAUGAAGCCCAGUCAAAGGGAAAAUUUCACAAACUAAAAAACUUGAUUCAGAUUGUGUUAUAGUCAUGAAAACAAUUUUACAUUUUGUUGAAUACUGUAUUAUUAUGCCAUGAGUUUACACCAUUCUUUAUGUGAUAAUGUUACGCGACAAAACUAAUUCACUGAUGAAAGUGAAAUGCUACAAUAAUAAUUAAAUAGAUUAAAAAUAUUUAUAUUGAAUUACAAGAUCAAGGGUAUCACUAGACACACACACACACACACACACACACACACACACACACACACACACACACACACUUCAUAACCAUAUCCACCAGGCCAUUAAGUCCUACUUCCACACAAUGUUCCCAUAAUCCACACCUCGAUGCCACAUGCUCAAGGUCCUGUACAUCACACCCAUAUGGCGGUACGCAACGCCGACAAAACGGUACACGACGCUUACACAAUGGUACCUACCUUCUUGUAACCCGACAAAAUUGAAAGUAUUUUAAGCAUAGUCUAGGAAAUAUGGAAGCUGUUAAACGGUAAACGAAAUUCUAUACUGAAAGAACGUGUAAAAACAACACUUGUGUGUAACAAGUUAGCGAACGUUUCCACCGAUAAUGUUUUACUCGUGUGAGGCUGUAAUAGUUGUGUCGUAUAAAUUUUACUAAGUUGA